CGCACCAAGUGUUGAUCAACUAUGAGAUGAGCGGUGGGAAGAGUGGUUCAAGAUUGAGUGCCUAUUCACAUUUAAAAGAAAUCGGGAAAGGUGGAUUCGGCGUUGUAUAUGCAGCACAAAGAGAAAAUGGAGAGAAGGUGGCGAUUAAGAGGAUCGAUAAAAAGGUGCCAAAAAAUCGUGUUUGGACGGAAAUUCAAACGAUGAAGGAAUUGAAGAAAAGCAAAUAUGUGGUCGAGUUUUACGAAGAUUUCGUUGAAGAUGGUUAUACAUACAUAGUCAUGGAGUUGUGCGAAGGAGGAUCUCUUCAAGCUUAUGUGCGGGAGCACGGAGCUCUGGACGACGCAACAGCAGUUCAUGUUUUACGACAGCUGAUUUCUGCUGUAUCUUUUAUGCACAGGGUGAAUGUUAUUCACCGAGACCUCUCGGCUGGUAAUGUGUUCAUCAAAGACUCGAAAAAGAAGAAAAUGACGGUUAAACUUGGCGAUUUUGGCCUCGCGACCACUCUUGGGCGUGGUGAGACCACAUGUACAAUUGUCGGAACACCAGGAUUCAUUGCUCCACAAGUAUACGAUCAAGAAUAUACCCAGUCUGCCGAUGUAUAUUCUCUUGGUGCAGUUCUCUAUACUAUGCUCACUGCUCGUAAUCCCCCACCUAAAGGACUACCACCAACCUGCGGAAUGUCACCAAAUGCUGCUAGAUUAGUGGAACAAAUGAUGGAUACAGAUGCAAAGAAGCGUAUUCCGUUAACGCAGAUAGUUUUAUCAGAGUUCAUGUACGAGAAUACGAAUGAAAAUGCGGUAAUCUUCUCGAGAGAACACUCGCGGGAUGGACGACGACAGAGAUCGAGGGAACCAGUAAGAUCCUCAAGAGAUGAUCGAUCUCGAGAUGGCAGAGCUCUGAUAAGGUCUUCGAGUCAACCUGCACAUUCUGGCAGAGCACCGCUGAGCAAUCGACCAAUUCAUGACAGGAUGCCUUCUACAUCUUCAAGAGGAUUUGAUUCUGAGAGAGGAAGAGAACGGGAUAGAGACAGUGGCCGCGGUACCGUACCUCCAAGCCGUGAAGAUCGAAACCGUUCACAGUUGUGGCCGAUCCGAAUGGAUAGGUUAGAAGGACAAAGAGUUUGUACUGCUGGAGGACGAUAUAUUGUUGAAUUGGAUACUCGUUGUCGGUUUGAAGUUGCAGCUCAAGGGAAUUUCGUUAAACGAAUUUUGAUUGUCGAAGUUGAUGAAAUGGUUCAAACGGUUUAUGUACAUCGAAUACCUGAUAGAACAGUACGCGGAAGAAAUGGAGAAGAAGAAUUGAUUACGUUGACGAACAAUCCUUUUGUUUAUACUUCAUAUUCCCAAAUGCCAAAAGAAGUCCAAAACGAUUAUAUGCGUCUCCAAAAGAUGGUUGCUGUGACGAUAAGUGGUCGAGUAGCAAAAGUAACAUUUCGACGUCCAUCACAAUUCCCAGAUGCUCAAGCUCAACUUAUGGAGAAUGGAGAUCUCCGUAUCAAACUUCCGAGAUCAGUAAUUGUUCGUAAAAUGGAUAAUGGUGAAAUUUUCAAUUGCAUCGAUGGAAUCGCGACCCAAAAACAGGCAGUUUCUGGAAUAACACUUACAAAAGUGAAUGAAGUAUAUAAAUAUCUAAUAAGAUUCGAGCAAUGUCUUAACGGAAUGGAUCGAGGAAUGGUGUGCUUUCCCAUUGUUUUCAGUGCAGGAACUAAUAUGGUUGGCAGUUCGCCGUCUUCAUUAAUGCCAUCAGGAUCUUCUCAAACUUCCCGAUUUCCAUUUAGUAAUUUAUCGAACAAUCAGCCAUCAUUAGUUCCCCAUUCGGCUCCUUUUCUUACGAAACCAACUUCAUCUCAACGAGCAUCAUCGGCUAAUGUUCAGAGAAGGGUAUCAACUGAUGAAAAUUCGUCACCUAGUGUGGCUCCAUCAAAGUAUAAAAUAAAAAUUGACCCUACAACUCAAAAAGUUCGAUCAAUUCAAGCAACAGACGGUCGUGUGCUACGAUGUUCCACAAGUAAAGCGGAUCAAUUCAUUUUCACAGAUCCGGCGAUUCGUCCUGAUGAUCAACGAUUUAUGCGAACUGAUCGAGUACCUGACAGAGCUUCAGAAAUGCUUCAUACGCUGUGCGAACGUAUGAGAAAACUACAUCAAUAAUAGUAAUAACUUAGUAUACGAUGAGUUUUCCUCUUACUUCAUGUGCUCCUACAUUUUACCACAUAUCUUUCUGUUAAUCCUACACAUUCAAGUUUCAAAUGAUCUUCAGUCAUUCUAAUGAUUCUCUUUAUUUUUCUUCUUCACUUCCCUUUUCACCUUUUUCUUUUUUUUCGAUUGCAUAAAAUAUACACUUUU